CACAAAACUGUAUUCAGCCCAUCGUGCUAUCUCACCAGGUUGGUGGAGCACGACACUUCAUGGGGAAAUGAGCAUUCACUCCUCCCUUUUUUUUAAAAUUUCGUUUUAAUUUUUGUUUUGGUAAAACAGGGUUUCACUAUAAACUCGGGCUGGUCUGAACUCACUGUGUAGAUAGACCAGGCUGGUCUCAAACUCUCAGGGAUGCCUCUGCUAUCAGAGUGAUGGGAUUAAAGACAUGGACCAAGGCGCCUGGCUCAUUCCUCAUCCUCCGACUGUACUACUAGUGUGACUACUACUAGUCAAGCUUCCAGAGUUGGAAUCAGGAUUUCAACCUUCCACUCUCUUCCAAACCGCAACCGGUGACCCCUGGUACCAUCCCUUUUCCUUGUUCUGAUACUUCUGAAGUCCUUGUUCACGCAGACUUAGCCAAUCGCUUCCCAACCCGUCUACAACUAAAUCCACACGCGGCACAGAGCCAGCGGAGAGAACGGGUGGGGCUCCAGUCCGGGGUUCCCAGUGCUGCCUUUAGAGCCACCGCCCACCCUGUGACUCCUUCAACCCGGUCCUCCCAGCAACCCGUGCCACGGAAAGGCGGGGCUGGCCAAUCCAUAGCCACAGCCAAUCACACACGGUCCCCUAGUGAAGCCUGCAGUUGAUAACUUAAGUGACCCGAAACUUCUGGGGGCCCAGCCUAGAACGCGACGCUCCGCGAGUCUCGAGGUCCCGGAGCGCGGGACGGAGCGGAUCCGAGAGGCGUCUGGAGGAGGCCAGGGUGAGACCAGGUCCCUAGCGGAGCCCUCGGAAAGCUCGAAAAUGGAGCCGCCGCAGGUCCCCGCGGAGGCGCCACAACCCAGGGCCUCCGAAGACAGCCCGAGGCCGGAGCGGACCCGGAGGGAGGCGGCGGACGCGCAGUCCCAGGAGCUCCGGGAGAAAUCUCAGCCUCCCACCGGGUCCGGUUCCCCGCGCGUGCCGCCGCUCAGCCUGGGCUACGGCGCUUUCCGCCGCCUGGGCUCGUGCAGCCGCGAGCUGCCGUCCCCGAGCCACUCGUGCACCGAGCAGCCCCGGAAUGGCGAAGGGGAGCUGGAGCCUUGGACCGCGUCAGGAGAGCCCGCGCCGGGAUCCUGGGCGCCCGUGGAGCUGCAGGUGGACGUGCGCGUGAAGCCGGUGGGCGCCGCUGGGGCUAGUCGCGCGCCCUCGCCUGCGCCGUCCACGCGCUUCCUCACCGUUCCAGUGCCGGAAUCGCCAGCCUUUGCCCGCCGCUCGGCUCCCACUCCCCAGUGGCUGCCGCGCGCCCCGUCACCCGGCUCCACGUGGAGCCGAGGAUCGCCGCUUGCCGCGACCCCGACGGAGCCUAUCGGCCCCGCUGAGGGCUGCACCGUUCCCCCAGGCUCGCCCCCCUGCCGCUGCCGCUGCCCCUGCCGCGAGCCCGGGCUGACCAAGGAGGACGAUGCACUGCUGCAGCGCGUAGGCCUAGAUGGCAAGAAACUGCCGCGGGCCAUCACGCUCAUAGGGCUGCCCCAGUACAUGAAGUCUCUGCGCUGGGCUCUGGUGGUCAUGGCUGUGUUGCUAGCAGUCUGCACUGUGGCGAUUGUGGCACUGGCCUCUAGAGGCGGAGCCAAAUGCCAACCGUGCCCUCAAGGCUGGAUGUGGUCUCAGGAACACUGUUACUACCUCUCUGAAGAAGUCCAAGACUGGGAGAGCAGCCAAGCAUUUUGCUCAGCCCACCAGGCCACACUGCCUCUGCUGAACCACACCCAGGACUUCUUAAGAAAAUACCAGGUCACCAAGGGCUCCUGGGUGGGGGCCCGACGAGGCCCUGAAGGCUGGCACUGGACUGAUGGGGUUCCCUUGCCAUCCCAACUGUUCCUGGAAGACAGUGAGGACCACCCAGACUUCAGCUGUGGGGGUUUGGAAGAAGGCAGGCUCGUGGCUCUUGACUGCAGCUCUCCCAGACCCUGGGUCUGUGCCAAAGGAACCAAAUGACUUAGUCUCCUGUUAUCAGACCUGUCUGCUGCUGUAUCCAUUGCUUUUGCUUUGGUGACAGGAACAACUUCAAAGAGGCAAGAAUUACCAGGCUCACGGUUUCAGAGGGUUGCACCUGGCAGAGCUGCCCAGUCCGCAGCGGCCGAGGAAGAGCUGGAGCCAGGAGUGGGAAGAUCCUUCAAAGGCCUGUCACUGUUGACAUACCUCCACAGACAGGCUCUACCUCCUAAGACUCCCAAGUCACCCUAAACACAGCACUACCAGCCGUGAGCAAACUUGUGCCAGACAUUUCAGCAUCAAUCCAGAGCACUCCUGUAACAAAUACCCUGAAGAUUCAUGGCUGUCUUGCUUUGUUUUGAGACAGGCUCUCCUGGCCUGGAACUUACUGUGAGGGGGUGUGCCACCACACCCAGCCCGUGGUUAACUCAUGAUGCAAAAUGUAUUCAGUCUAAUUUCCACAGACUCUAGUCUUAACAGUCCCAACAUUGUUCAGAAGUCCAAAGACACUUCAGGCUGGUGGUCCCCGCAGCCAUGGGAGGAGGAGCUGCACCAAACCUCCCCACCUUCCAUUUCCUUCCUCAGUCAGCCUCAUGCUCCAUAGAAGUUUCUGCUUGCCAAGCUGGGGCACUUCUGGUCUUCUGACCAGGCAGCCCUACCUUCUCUGCCUUGCCACAACCUUAAGAGAUGAGCUAGCUGGGAGCCCGGGAGUCCCCAAAGGGAGGCACCAAACCUAUUCUGAGAUGGGCUGGCUGGGACCAAAUGUAAAGGGGUGGGCACCCCCACCCCCAAAAAAAUCCACAAGUUCACACACUAAAAUAAAAUCUUUUUUUUUUUUAAGACUGGGCCCUCAUAAGAUGGUUUAGCAGGUAAAAGCCCGUGGCUCCUCUUCCAGAGGACCCAUGUUUGAUUCCUAGAACUCAAACUAACUCCAGCAUUGCCUUCCCCAACACCCCCCAUAACACACCCCCAUCCUCAGGCACUGCAUGACCUACAGAUGCAGAUAUACAUCCAGGAAAAAUACAUAAAAUAGAAUGGGGGAGCCUUGUAGAGGCUCAUACAAUACAUUUGAGAAAAGAAGAUACACACCCACCCCGGGCGUGCCUGUGAGGGAGUUGGAUUGAGGUGGGAAGAGCCAUUCUUUUUUUUCUACUUUUUUUUUUUUUUUUCCGGAGCUGGGGACCGAACCCAGGGCCUUGCGCUUCCUAGGCAAGCGCUCUACCACUGAGCUAAAUCCCCAACCCCGGGAAGAGCCAUUCUAAAUGUGGUAGCAUCCCACAGGCUGGGGUCCUGGGAUGAAUAGAGAGAAAAGGGUUGAGCACCAGCAUUCAUCCCUCCCUGUUUCCUGUUUGCUUCCUCAAAUUGGGAGCCAAAACACUCUCCCUUCUGUAAGUUGUCACCUAACUCACUGCAGCAACCAGAAAAGUAGCUAAUACAUCAGCACACACCAUUGUGGAUUGAGGAAACACCCAUGGAACAUCUGGUCAUACCCUGCUCCCUGAGGUCCUCCACAAGCUACUAAGGGUUCCUGUCCUAGGUCCCCUUCCCCGGUGCUUCUCCAAUGCAGGGCUUAAGCUGUAUUCAUCUGAAUUCACUCUUUGACAAAGUUCUGAACUGUUUCAGCUUCCCGCCCUUGGUGCUCACACAGACAUUUGCAGGAGAAAGCAAUGUCCUGGCAUCCCUAUGCUAAAAGUCUAUUGUGUGUGUCAGUCUGUCCAAGCAGCCAGUACCCAUUUAGAGAGCAGCAGCCAAGGGAGAAUCCUAAGCAAGAGAAAACUCUAGAGAAUCCAUAUCCUUAGAAUAAGCAGCAGCAGUAUAACCAGGAUUAUGCCUUUGGAUUGAAUUGGGUCUCUUCAAACUAUGGAAAUUCCAAUUCCCAAUACCUACAAUGUGACCUUUAGGGAAAUACGGUGUGUGUGCACACUCACGUAAAAAUGAGGCCAUUCAUGUGACUAAUCAAGUAUGACUGGUAUCUUUAUGAAGAACUUUGUGGCUAACAAGAUGGCUCAGCUCGUAAAAGCACACAGCCUGCACAGCCUGGCAACCUGAAUGUGAUCCCCAGAACCCACGUGGAGAGGGAAGACGAGAACUGACUCUCACUUCCACAUGUGCACUAGCCCCAACCCCCUCACACAUUCGCACUCACGCGCGCACGCACACACACACACACACACACACACACACACACACACACACACACACAAUUUUAAGAAUGUAGUGCUGGCAAGAUAGCUCAGCUCAACAGGUGAAGGCACUUACCACCAAGCUUGUGACCUGAUUUCAAUCCCCAGGUCCCGAACAGCACAAAGAGACAUUUAGAUUAUCUGUAGGGAGUCUGAGAAUAAAGGCAUCAAGCAAACCUGCCUCUCAGAGAUAGCAGUUCCCAUUUCUCAGAGUCUUAAAGGUAUGCUUCAGUCCCUGUCAAAGUUCUGACCAAGAGUGGACAAGCUAUGCUUUGAAGAGAAGCUGGCCCAAAACUACAAAGGCAUUUCCCCACGAUGCACAUGGAUCUGUGGUUAAGGUGUGUGUGGAUCUAAGGACACCCCAGGAACACCGGGGCUCCAAUGCUAAGCAAUCCUGCCUAGGAAAGCCAUGUCUUCUUACAUUAACAGUUCUUGUGGCGUGCCAUCCAGUGUACUUACCUGCAUGAGCACAUCUAAUUCCCACUAUGACCUAGUAAACUAGUAAAGCUAGAUUCCAGGUUAUUAACAACAAAUUUUAAAUAGGAUAAGCAGAAAAGGGGAACUGGAGCGGUUUCUCUUCACAUGAUCAUCUUUCUUUCUUUCUUUCUUUCUUCCUUCCUUCCUUCCUUCCUUCCUUCCUUCCUUUCUUUCUUUCUUUCUUUCUUUCUUUCUUUCUUUCUUUCUUUCUUUCUUUCUUUCUUUCUUUCUUUCUUUCUCCUUUUGGGCCAUUUCCUGCCUGGAAGAACAUAGUCACCAAAAGUGCUUACCUUACCUGUCCUCAAGUCUAGAAGAGAUAGCCAACCUAAGCUGGAAACUUCUAGUCAAAAGGACUCUGAACACCUUAGGCAGGCUCUAGUGCCCCUGGAUUGCUGAACUGUGGCCAGGAAUGAAGUCACACUGCAACCAGAGUGGAAACUUCCACACUGCACUAAAAUAUGAAGACAAUGGGAGGAGGGGAGAGUUUUCAGAACAGGACAGCAGGCUGAUAGUACAGUGAACAGUAGGAAUCUUCCAGGCUCAUGUUACUCUGCUAUUCCAAAGCUGAAAAUCAAAGAGGAUAAAGGAUUUGCCAGGCAGCAGAGGGGAGGUCAAUAGUGCAGACCCUGGAGAAGUGAAUCCACACUUUAUCAAAGAAAACAUAAAAACCAGAUAAACAUACAAAGAGUGAAGAGUCCACCGGUGCCACGGCCUUACAUUGGCGUAUACUCAGUUAUAAAAACAAAUAGUUCUGGGGCUGGCCCAGUAACUAAGAGCACUCAUAACCUUUGCAGAAGACCUGAUUUGGUCCCCAGAACCCAGAUGGUAGCUUACAAGCAUCUGGAACUGCAGCCCCAGAUCUGAUCACCUCUUAUGACUACCACAGGUGCUAGAGUGCACAUAACAUACAUGCAGGCAAAGCACUCACAUGCACACUUUAAAUUUCUCUACUGUUUUAUUUAUUUUGGUUGUUCGUGACAGUCUUUUGAUGUAGUCCUGGAUGUCCUGGAACUCACUAGGUAGACCAGGCUGGCUUCGAACUCAUGAAGAUCCUCUUGCCUCUGCCUCCUGAAUGCAGGAAUUAAAGGUGUGUGCCAAACAUAUGGCCACGUCUUUUUUUUUUUUAAACGCUUGUCUUUUGUAUGUGUGCUUAUGCAUGUAUGAUGUGCUUGUGCACACAUAUGAACCUAAGUGGGGUAUGACACAGUGUGUAUGUGGAGGUUAAAGGGCAAUCUUGGGUGUAGACCUCAUUUUUCACCUUGUUAGGCAUGGAGUCUCUUAUCACUGUUGCACAUGCCAAGUCCACUGGCUGCCAAACUUUUGGGUUUCUCCUCUCUGCUCCCAUCUCAUGGUAGGAGCCUCCAUAUCAGGCUUUAUAUAAGUUCUGGGGGUUAACACGUGUAUGGCGAACACUGUACUUUUCUAACCUGUGAACGUAUAUCUAUUGAUAGACACAAAACACAGACGAAUCUCUGGAAAAGCAGCCAGACUUGAAAGUGACUACUGAUACUUCUACCUGUGCUAUUCAAAGGAGACAGAACAAGUCUGAGAACAGAGAUAAUUCUGCCAGAAAUAAGGGAAGACAGGCUUCUCAACAGUGGCACAACCUUGUCAAGUGUACUGAGUAUGUAACUGCUGAAUGCCAGUGGGGGAAAACUCCAUCUCAAAGUUUUUGCUGAAGACAACUGUUGUAGCCUUUUAGGCAUUUUUCUUUUCUUCUGUUUCUUUUUGUUUUAUUUUGACACAGGGUUUUCACUAUGAUGUCUUGGCGGUCCUUGAAUUUGCUCUGCUGGGACUAAAAGCAUGUAACACAACUACACUGUCCUUUUAAGCACAUUGAACAUGUAAUUUGCCAUUUAAUAAUUGGAAAAAAUAAAGAGUUACAGGCUAAGAGUCAGUCUGAACUGAAUUUAUAUCACCUGGUCUGGUCACUGAUUCUUGAAUAUUUUUUGGCUUCCUCAAACCUAAAUAGCUGAGAAACUAGGGAACAUGGGCAGUUCUUUAGUGCUGGGGCUGUUACUUAGUCUGACUGUAGUAUCUAGUUACAUAGCUAGUAUGUGGCAGAACCUGGGGUUCCAGGUCUGUCAGCCACCAUGCUCCUGCCCUGCUUAGCAUUGCCUUUAAUACUUCUAAGCCACCCAUCAUGCUUCUGCGCCCUGGCUUUUCUUGUAGAACACAUUCAUCAGCAAGCAGGAGCACUAACUACAAACUGUAGGAGGAAGAACUAGAUGUUCUGCUCAAAUACAUUAUGAAAAAAGGGGGAAGCAGGGUGCUCCAGAGCUGCAGGUCUGUUCUGACAGGGAAGGCAGGUGAAGAGCUCCGAAGCCUCAGUGCAGGAGGGCAGGUGCAGACCCAGGCUGACUGUCUGUGGAUGUGUGGGUCGUUGCUUCUCCAAGAAUGGUGACAGGGCCUCCUUAUACACAGGAGGACCACAAAAAUCACUAUCUGGGGCGGUGAACAGAAACUAACGGAGAACAAACUCUAAGAAAUUGUACCUGAGCAGACAAAGGUUAAGAAAACAGAGGCCAGAUCCGCAGGCCUCUGCGCGCUCUUCCGGGCAUUCAUACCCCUAUUCCGUGGGUCUUUGGAGCCUGAAUUCCAUGGACAGUCGGACUAGAAGGGAGACUGUGAUGCUAGGGUGAAUUUCGUGAGAUUUUUGAUGAAACUGAGUCAUGAAACUGUAACCAUUGAAUUGAAGAAUGGAACACGAGUCCAUGGAACAGUCACAUGUAGAUGUCAACAUGAAUACGCACCUCAAAGCUGUGAAAAUGACCCUGGAGAACAGAGGACCUGUACAGUUGGAAACAUUGGGUAUUCGAGGCAAUAACAUUCGGUAUUUUAUUCUACCAGACAGCUUACCUCUAGAUACACUACUUGUGGAUGUUGAACCUAAAGUGAAAUCUAAGAAAAGAGAAGCUGUUGCAGGAAGAGGCCGAGGCCGGGGUAGAGGAAGAGGGGGUCCUAGGCGAUAAGGUCUCUCAAGAUUGCUGUUUCAAAUUGAUAAGGAAUUUGGGGUAUUUUUUGUACAGGUUUUGUUUGCUUGUCAGUUUUUAAUAAACAUAAGGAUAGGGAGAAAAAAAAAAAGAAAGAAAACAGAGGCCAGAGCCAAACUAAUAAAAAGCAAAGCUUAGCCCUGGCCAUUCAGACGCUGAAUCCCAGCAAUACACUCAAUGGGCAGGGAGCAUCUUAGGAACACCCUGGGUUUUCUCACGGCUUUUCUCUCUUUUGCUGUUUCUUUUUUCAAGACAGGUUCUCACUAUGUAGCGCUGGCUAUCCUGAACUAUGUAGACCAGGCUGGCCUCAAACUCACAGAGAUCUGUGUGCCUCUGCCUGAGUGCUGGGAUUAAAGGCCUGUGCCACUACCAGAUUUCCCACGAGUUUCUUAUGAUCACUUCUAAGCCCUUCCAGCAAACAUCCUGUGUGUGGUGCUUUCAGCCAUCUUUUGUCGGCCAAACACUAUGUAUUAGAGAAUGACCUUGAACUCCUGAUCCUUUGUCUUAAACCUCCCAAGUACUCCACCAUGCUCUCAGCCCUUUUGGUAGUCUUGAUUUCAGGAGCCAGUCCCCAGCUGUUCUCAGUUUCAAAGCCAAGAAUGAUAUGCUUGGAGCUCCCCUGCCUGCCCCGUACCUGGAUGUCAAACUUAGAAACUUAGAGGGAGAAAGUGACUAUGUGGAUGUGGUGAGGCUGUAAACAAAAUAUUUUAGCUUCACUUGAAGAAGAACUAGGACAACAGGUAAAGCUUGCAAUCCAUCAUUUUGAGUAGCUACUGCUGUCCAAAAUUGACAAACCAAGAAAUGGCAGCAGGAAUAUAAUUUUACAAUAUGAGGACAAUUGCUUUUAACAGAAAUUAGAAUGGUUAUCUUGGGGAUGAGAGAAAUUUCCCAAGGAGGGACUUUAGAGGACAUUCUAUCUUAAUUUGUAUAUACUAAUAAGUAUAUACAAAUCAAGCCAUACUCUUAAAUGCACACAAUUGGCUUAAGUUGCUGCCUCUUAGAAACAGAAUUGAAAUUACAGCGUGUGAUGGUUUGUAUAUGAUUAACCCAAGAAGUGGCACUAUUAGGAGGUAUGGCCUUGCUGGGGUAGGUGUAUCACUGUGGGCAUAGGCUUUAAGAACCUUGUCCUAACCUCCUGGAAGCCAGUCUUCUCCUAGCAGCCUAUAGAUGAAGAUGUAGAACUUUCAGCUCCUCCUGCACCAGGCCUUCCUGGAUGCUGCCAUGUUCCUGCCUUAAUGAUAAUGCACUGAACCUCUGAACCUAUAAACCAGCCCCAAUUAAAUGUCAUCCUUUAUAAAAGUUGCCUGGGUCAUGGUGUCUGUUCACAGCAGUAAAACCCUAAGACAGACAUUGGUUUCAGGGACUGGGGUAUUGCUGUGACGGACCUGACCAUGCCUUUGUUUGGAAAAAAUAUGGAUUUGGGGGACUUUGGAUUUGGAAAGCAGUGGAAUGCUUCAAGUGGGGUGUAAUGGGCCAUCCUGGUAGGAAUAUGGAAGAUCAUGUUGCUGAGAGUGAUUAGAAUUGUGCAGCCCUGGCCCAAGAAGUUUCAGGAGAAUUUCAGUAUGUGGCAUAGAGACUGUUUUUGUGGUAUUUUGGUUAAGAAUGUGACUGCCUUUUGCCCUUAUCUAAAGAGUCUACCUGAGGCUAAGGUAAAGAGAUUUUUACUAAUUGCAUUGACAAAUGAAGUCUCAAAAAAGCCCAACAGAGACUUUAUUCUCUGGUCUUAUAAAGAGCAUUUUAAUGAAAAGGAGCAAGCUGAGAGAGGAAAAAUACAAAAUAAAUGGUUCGAGUAUUACAGGGACACCAGGAAGUAGAUUGGAACUGAAUCCUCUAAGAGAUAACAGAUUAAGGGAAUGGGACUUUGGGGCAAGAUCCCACCCAGCUAAGUUUAGUUCAAUAUAUGAUGAGGCACACCUUUAAUUCAAGGAGAUAAAACCAAGCAGAUCACUGGGUUUAAGGUCAGCCUGGGACAGAGCAAGUUCUAGGUGAGGAAAAGUUUAAGUCCAGGCAUGGUAGUACACCUUCAAUCUCCAUAGACAGAUAUCUGAGUUCAAGACCAGUCUGGGACAGAGAAAUUUCUAAGUAGAGAAAAGCUUAAACCAAGGCAUGGUGGAUCACACCUUUAAUCCUACCAUUUAGGAGACAGGCAUGCAGACCACUGAGUUCAAAGUCAAUCUAGAGAACAAGUUCCAAGAUAACCAAGCUUAAGCAGAGUAAAUUCAUUGAAAACAGAAAGCUGGUGAUAGUAGAACAAGGGGGUCAUGUUCCAGGCUUUAGAGUCAAGAAUAGAUGGGACUAUUGGGACAAUUGAUGAUGGCUAGUUGGAGUUAAGAAAUUACAGUGGUUAAGAAGAGACCAGCAUCAUUGAGGUGAAAUUUGGGAAGUGUUUCCUGAGAGCACCAAGAACCUGUGUUCCAGAGAUAGCCAAGGUUGUACCUCAUACUGCAGCUGGACUUGGCAAUAUUUAAGAAUCACCCAGGUGGUAGUAGUCUUAAAGGUAUUAUGGGGUCAUGGAGAACAGUUGAAGGCCAUUGGUGAAGGUGCAGCCUCAUUUGCAGUUGAUGGCCAGGACUGAAGGGGUCAUGCAAAGGAUUUGAAGCUUGGCACCAUGAAGAGAGCCUAUGAGAGGCUAUUGGUGAAGCCUAGUUGCCAUGGAAGACUCCAUAUAAUAUAGAUGCUAGUACCACAGGAUGAUCACCAAGAACAUCUGCAGUAGUGCAGUGAAGUCAACCAGAGCCUAGAGUGCUACAGAGGGCAAAGCUGGAGAUGAGACCCAAGACCUUUGGAGGAGCCCAGAUGAUCACGUGUGGAUCCCAGAACAAGAAGUUCAAUUGUUGGAGUUGCCUUGGAGACCCCAAGAUACCAGAACUGUGUGAGGAAAGCUACUAACAGUCCAGGAGAAAGAAGUUUGUUGUAGCUAACAAAGAUGAAAAGGAGUUGGCGAUCUGAAGACCACUUUGACCUCAGACACGGAGAUGAGAGAGUUUGCAGUUUGCUCAGUUGGCUUCCUGUCUUGCUUUGGUUAAGUAAUUGGAUGAAUCUCAGAAGACUUUGAACUUUGGACCAUUACCAUAGUUAAGACUGCUAUAGACGACAGGGACUUUGGAAGUUGGACUAAAUGAACCUAUGGCCCUCACAGACUUAUGUGUUUGAAGAAGUUUAUGGGGGCAGGAAGGGAACUAAGCUUGGUCAAAAAGGUGGCACUAUUAGGUAUGGCCUUUUUUUGUGUCACCGUGGGCAUGGGUUUUAAUACCUUCAUCCUAACUGCCAUGCACAUUGCAGGCUUCGAGGUGGACUCAUGCCAUUUUUCCAACAGAGGAAAAGUCAUAAUAGAGGUCACGUGUAGGAGAAAGAAGACAGCACCAGCUCAUGAUCACAGAAGCUUCACUUUUUCCUUUUCCUACAGACAACCCUAUUCAGUUCUGUGCGGCCUGAAAUUCUAUUGCCUUCCUUGUUACCUAAAGAAUCGCCUAUCAUAGCAAUUUGUUUAAAAGACUCUUUUUCACAAUCCCCUUACAGGAACAAGGUAGAUUUACUUUCACAGUGCCCAUUCAAUGCCAAUCAAAAGGUAGCACAAGGAAUGUUGAAUAGUCCUCUACCUUGUACCAAUAUUUUGUACAACAGCCAAUGGAAAUAAUUCAUGAGCAAUUUCCUGAGUCCAUAAUUUACAAUUAUAUGGAUAUUUUGCUUUCAGAUUCAAAUAGAGAUAAACCUUAGAAAAAAAGUUACUGGGGUUGGGGAUUUAGCUCAGUGGUAGAGCGCUUGCCUAGCAAGCACAAGGCCCUGGGUUUGGUCCUCAGCUCUGAAAAAAAAGAAAAAGAAGAAAAAAAAAAAAAAAAGAAAAAAGUUACUGAAGCAAAGAGACUUUUACCUAAUUGGGGAUUUAAAAUUCUCCGGAAAAAAAUACAUAGAAGAGACUGUAUUAAUUAUCUAGGAUAUAAGUCUACAGGAAAUUCUACAACAAAAGGUAAAAUCAUAAGAGAACACUUAAGAACUCUUAAUGAGGGCUGGAGAGAUGGCUUAGUGGUUAAGAGCACUGACUGCUCUUCCAGAGGUUCUGAAUUCAAAUCCCAGCAACCACAUGGUGGCUCACAACCAUCUGUAAUGAGAUCUGAUGCCCUCUUCUGGUGUGUCUGAAAACAGCUACAGUGUACUUAUAUAUAAGAAAUAAAUCUUUAAAAAAAAAAAAAAGAACUCUUAAUGAGGACUGAAGAGGUGGCUCAGUGGCUCAGUAUUGACUUCUCUGACUUCUCUUCCAAAGGUCCUGAGUUCAAAUCCCAACAACCACAUGGUGGCUCACAACCAUCUGUAAUGGGAUCUGAUGCCCUCUUCUGGUGUGUAAUCAUAUACACUAAAUAAUAUUUUUAAAAAAGAAAAGAACUCUUAAUGAUCCAAGAAGGUAAUCAGCUGAAGCUGAUAAUUAGCUCUGGUAGAAAAUAAACUACAAAGUGCUCAUACAGACUGCCUAAAUCCAAAGACGGCUUGAAUGUUAGUUACCUUGUUGUCUUCUCAUUCUCCCUCAAAAAUUGUACAGAGAGAGAAUAAUGUCUGAUCCAUUUAUCCAAAUGGAUAAAAAUAUCCAUUUUUAGCACAUAGAGUAAAAAAAUUAAAGACCUAUAUAGAAAAAGUAUCUAAACUAAUCUUAAAAGGAAAAAAAUAAGACUUCAUCAGUUAGCAGAAAUAGAUCCAGCAGAAAUUAUGCUGCCUUUUAUUAAUGCUUACAUUGGCUCAUUAUGAGCAAAAAAUGAACAUUGGCAAAGAGCUUGAAGUACUUUUUUGGGGAGAAAUUAACAACAAAUACCCCAAAGCAAGCAACUUCAGAUUAUAAAAAGAACUAAUCAGAUUCUCCCUUAUAGAAUAAAAGGAUACCAAUUUCUGAGGCCCCUACAUUUUAUGCUGAUGCAAAUAUAGCAGGAAAGGCAGGAUAUAAAUCAGAAAAUAUAUGUAAGGGAGAUUAUAGAGUCCUUAUGAUUCCAUUUAAAUAUCAGAAUUAUAUACAGUAUUAUAUUUUCAAGAAUCUCUUAAUUUAGUGAUUGACUAUAUGUAGAGAAUUGUUUUUCAUAAACAAAGUGCUGAAUUUAUUCAGGAUGAUUCUGAAUUGAUUUCACUGUUUAUUCAACUACAAGUGAUCAGAAAUUGGAAUCAUUAAUAUAGACAUAUACUCAAGAAUUCACUGGGUAAGUGUUUUAAUAUCUGAAAAGGCUGAUUCUGUAAUUACACAUUUAUUACAAGUUAUGGCUAUUAUGGGAAUACCUGUAUAAAGAUUGAGAAUGCUUCAGCAUAUGUCUCUAAUAAAAUGAAAUAAUUUUUUUACAUAUUAUAAAACAUUAUAGGUAUACCACACAAUUCUCUAAGAGAAGCAAUAGUGGAGAGAUCUAAUCGUACUUUAAGAGAUACUUAACAAUCAGAAAUGGAUAACAAAGACCCCCCAGAGAUUGAUUAUAUAGCACUUUACUAACUUUUAAAUUUUAAAAUGCUUGUGAACAUUAACAAAAAAACCUAUAGCUGCUGAGAGACACUGGGUUAUAGAAAGUACUGAUGAACUAAAACAGCCUGUUUUAAAGAUCUCCUAACCUUAGAAUGGAAAACAGGAAAUGUGCUGGGGGAAGGAAUAUACCUAGAUUCCCACAGGGGAAAAAGCUCUAGUCGUUCCAAAUUGGUAGAAACCAGGUGGGGGCGACCCUCCUGAGGAUCUCAAUCACAGAAAAGGAAAUAAAAGACCAAGAUAGGUAAUGUAUUUGUUGACCUCUUUAUAUGGGAACAGCUCUAAGACUGGCUGAGACUUAAAUAUCCAUGUGUAGUCAGUAAAUUUUGUUGGCUACAAAGUCCUCAGGGCUUAUCAUGAUAUUCUUUCAUGGCAUAGAAUUUAUAUUGCAGUUUGUUUAUAAUCCAAAUUAGCCUAGGAAAGACAGAUGUCUUUUACCUGCUCAAAUAAAGAGCAAAGAAUCUUGGUUCUGGGUUAACUGCAAUGUGCACCUUGCAGAUUCCAUUAUGUAUGUUAAUACAAAACACCUGUAAAAGAUAUGUUCGCAGAAAAUAACAUCAAAAAUAGUGGUUCUGGGAAAGAUUCACCCUUAGGGAUACUGAGACACCUGAUAUUACCCCAAACUGCCUCAAUGUUGUUUGCUCAAGACUUCCAAUACAGCUUCAAAGAAAGCUGCUGAUCGCAAAUGACCUCAAUCCAUCCAGCUACAUUCGGAUUCAGCCAGGACUUCACUUAUGCCUAAGCUUUCUCAGAGUAUAGAAACUGGACAAAAAAAAAAAAAAGCUACAGCUAGCUUUCCUAAGAUUAAACAUUCUCCAAAUCUCUUUCGCCUCCAAGAAAUAAAUACUACAUCCCAAAUAAGCACGAAGCCAUUUUAAUAAACAAAGUUCCAUUAAGCCAGGGUUUUGGUUGUUCUAUUGAGUGGAGGAUGCUUAUUAUUAUAAAGGGGUUGGUUACAAGUUAUUAAAUGAUCUUGACUAGUGAGAAAACACGGAAUAGGAGGCUACACUUGGGAAUUUCUCUUUUCUUUUCUCUAUCCUUUCUUUCUUAUGUAAUGGGAGAAGGGGUAAAAAGAGAAAGGGAGCAGGGACAGGAUUUUACAGGAAUAAUAGGAAAGAUAGAUUGCUGAAUCUAAUGUUAAACCAAAAAACAGCUUAUAGCCAUCAUCUUACAUUAAUAUGGAUCUUUGAAUGUUGAUACAAAGUUAAAGUUAUACUUUAUUACAUUUGUGUAUUUUAGUACAUUGGUAUAAGGCUUUGUACACUGAUACAAAAUUUGAAGUUAUUUUUGUCACAACUUACUAUAUGUUAAGUUUCAGCUCUUAUAGUCAUUUGAAGAUGUAAAAUUCUAGUCCUUUUAAAAGCUGCUAUUACAAAGUGUUCAGCAUAAAUAUGUACUACAAGUUGAUAAAACAGUCGAACUUACAGUCAAAUACUGGACCAGUUUAUCACAAAAUAUGCUUCCUCGGUUAAACAGACAGUAAAUAGCUAAGAACAAAGUUUAUCUACUCAUAUGGUAUUGAUACAUAGUCUUCCAAACCUCAGAGACCUAACAGAAUAUGGCAUUUAUUUUAUUUAUUAAAGGCCUUUUUUGACAAGACAUGUCAGCUUCUGACAGCACCCCAUUCAACUUGGAAGAAGAGCAUCGAAGGACCUCCAUUUAAAGACAGCUUCAAUUAUGGCAAGCUAGCCAUGGGGCAAAGAAAAUGCCCUAACUGCAGCAUUCUGCAGACAGAAUACUGUCCAAAAUGGACAAAACUCGGGACCAGGCAAAGUCAACUGCCAAGCUCUUGCCAAUACAGGGUAAUUAAGUCCUUCAUAAUUCCUGCUUAACAAAAGUUUGUCAGAUAUACUGGUCCAGAAGGCUGAAGACAGAUGCUCCAAUGUUACAGACUUUUCUGGGGGACUGCUCAGGCAGCCAACAAUGUCUGUUAUUUGGAUAAUUUUGGAAGCAGCUUGCUUGUGCUUCCUAAAUAGUCAGGUAAUAUUUAUUCCUUCUCAAGUCUCUGGUGGGGUUGAACACUAGAUAGUGUCACAAUUAAACUAAGGUACAAAGAACUUAAGAAAAUGUUUUAGUUUCAGGAGAUGUUUUAAGGAUGGUAAAUCCAAUUUAUAAAGGCUGGAGUAGGUGAAAGUUGUAGGUAUUUUAAGGUUGGUGAAAAAGAUUAAAGGAUCUAGUAGUUUUCUUUUUUUUUUUUAAAUGAAAACUGGAGGAAAUUUUAAACAGGUGUCUUAAAAUUGUAAGUGCAAGCUAUGAAAGUUAAAGGAUUUAAUUGCUUAAGAUAGUAAUAAGAAAAGUACAGAACUGUGAACUCACCAAGAUAGGACAAAUAGAAUAAUUUCUUAUAGGUGCCAGAUACAAAUGGAUUGGGCAUUGUGAAUAUAAGUACACAAGAGAUUUCAUAAUUGUUUAAUAAUUGUCUUUAUUGAAUGCUACAGCCAACUGCUGUAGGAAAUAAAAGGCAGGCAGGUUUUUCAGUUACCUGGGUGGGGGUCGCAGAUAGAAACCACAAAGAGGUAAAAGGAGAGAAGCUUGACCAGCAGCAAGUGUCAGAAUGAAAAUGCCUCCCCGAAUACCAGACUGUUGGAGCAGAGCCCAGGAAGAUUCAAACAGCAAGUAUUUGGGAGAACAGUUGGAGAAGCAACCAGUCUACUGCUAGAGAAUUAAUUAGUUUAAUUCCCCAGUAACUGCGCAGAGCCUAAUAAAUAAAUCAUAGUUUUGUUUCUCAAUUGAUAGACAGGGAUAAGCCUAAUUCUUUUAUUUGACAUUGACGUUUAGAGAACAUUAUUGUGGUGGGGACUUGUGCACCCUGGACAUGAGAAUGUCAGAAUGUAACUUCUGGGUUUUUUCUCCUUCCGUGUGUGUUGCGGUGACUGAACUCAGGUUGUUAACCUUACCCUGCUAUCACUUUCACUUGUUGGGUCAUCUUGUCAGUACUAGGAGCAACUUUAAAAAAAAAAAUUACAAGGCCCUGGGUUCGGUCCCCAGCUCCGAAAAAAAAGAACCAAAAAAAAAAAAAAAAAUUACACACUUGGGAAUCAUACUCACAUUUGAAAGACGUUCUUGUUCUCAAUUGUAUAUUGUGCCUGUUAGGGUAGUGUCAGUGGACACCAGUUCCAGAUGACAGCAUGUGGCAUGGGUGUUGGGAACCUUACCCCAGUACUCAUGAGCAGUGUUCUUAACCUGAGUCCUCCCUCUAGCCCCAUAUUCACAUUUUUAAGGUACCAGUAUUUCUUUAUUUUUAUAGAAAUAGGAACUUUUAAAAGGCCAAGGAGUAGGCUGCACGUAAACAUUACCACUCAACAUAUGGAAAAUUUCUCACAUCCUAAAACACUCGCUGCUCAGCAGCAAGCCCUGAGGCAAAGGUUACAGGCUAUUUUUGCCUGUUCUAGUUUACAUGAAGAGAGCCGUACAGUGUUCUCUUCUGGGUCUAGCUCCUUUAGCUGAGUAUACUAAGUUACUCACUGGUAAAUACAUUAGCAAUUUUUCCUUUGUGUGGAUGUUAUCGGUUUGUCGGAUUUCUAAUUGAUGAAUCUUUCAAAUAUUUGGAUUACUGUAAACACAACUACUGUAAGUAUUUAAAUAUAAACCUUUGGAGCCUCAUGGUUUUGUUUCCUUGGGUAGCAAGACGACUGAACUAUGUUAUGGACUCGCUGAACUUAGAAGCAGCAGCUGUGCCAUUUUCAGUCCUGUUCGGAGUUCUAGCUGCUCAUCUCUAUAUAGCACUUGAUAUUGCUAUUCUGUCCCUCUGUGGGCCAUUUCAGUAGGUAUACAGUGGUACCUCAUGACUGAUGGUCUUUAGGUUCUUUUGUGUAUGUAUCCACUGGUGUAUCUAUAUUUGUGAUUCUGAUAAUGUUCAGAGAUCAAACCUUAAGAAAUAUUAAAACACCCAUCCAUGUAUGUGUCAGGCUAGAUCAUUUUACUUAUUCAGGUCCUUGGGCUUAUAUUGCAGGAAUGGACUCCCCAGCCCAGGCAGAACAUUUUAAAGUGGUAAGUUAGGUAAAAAAUCCAAGAGUUCCUCUCAACUUUUAAAUUUUCAAGACACACAAGUUAAGAAAUGAAAAUAAACAUAUGUAAAGCUCUCCUAAUACUUAACAUUUUACAUAUUAUUUUUAUGUGUUGGUGGAUACAGAACUGGAUCAUUUGAAAAUAAGUACCAGACAUCAUGUCUCACAUGAAUACUAAAAAAUGAGAUGUUUUUUAUGUAGGGCAAGUUUAUCAUUACACAAAUUAACAAGCUCUAUCCAGUCUACAUAAUCUCUCAGUUUCUCUACCUUUUUCCCCCUUGCUUUUUUCCUAAAAAGGGCAGGAUCUAUUGUAGCCCAGGUUACCCUCAGAAUCAUAGGAAUUCUCCCGACUUUCAUGUGUCUAGAUUACAGGCAUGAACCACCAUGCCCAGCUAGUCAAAAAUCUCUUUUAUUUAUAUCUAAUUAGACUAUAAACAUGGUUAUUGGUUAACCGAAAUCUUUGACUUUUUGAGGAAAUUCAGCCAGUUAUUUUGUAAAAUGAAAUUCUGAACUUACCUUAUUGUCUAUAAAAUUGAAUUUGGGAGUAGAUUCACUACAGGCCUAUUUUUGAGAUGGAUCCGUUAUGUGAUUUAAAGCCACACUUUUACAAGUGUGCUUUGUGUAAAGCUUAAAAAGGCUGCCAAGGCAGGUGUUGAACUUCAAAUCCACCUCAGCUUCCCCACUACCCUCAAUUAUGGGGCUGGAGCAGUCACCACGCCUCACAAACACUUGAGGAAAUAACUUUUACAAUGCUGGGAACUAAAACUGGGUAUCAUACCGGGGGGUGGGGGGCUGGGGUGUGCUUUAUCCAACCUUCAAGUCAUAACUCACAUAAAUAUAACUCACACCCCAAUUUUGCUAACUAUAAUUAUUUCACAGUUCAAAAGAAAAAGAUAAAGUAAAAAAAAAAAAAAAACUGUAACAAUGGUGUUCUGGAAAUAGGGUGGCACCACAUACAGUUAUUCCUUCAUUCAUUUUGGCUUUGUCCCAGGCAUUACUGACGCGCCCUUCUAUAAAUGUGUUCACUUAGUAAACUGGAAACUUGAGUGCCUCCACCUAACCUUAAACUUGUGAAGCACAUGCCUCAGCCUUACAAAUGUUUCAGCAUUGAGAUAACAGGCAUAAUCCACCAUGCUUUUGUUCCUUCCUGCUGUUAAAAAAAAUAAAGUUAAAACUAUACCUGCUGGUUUGUGCUUUGCCUAUGUUCCCAACAUUUAGGAGACCAAGUCAGGAAGUUUGCAAUUCAAGGUCAGGUAAGGACACAUAAGCAAAAUGUCAUCUCUAAAACUCAGAAAAUCUAUUAUCACACAAAUUAGUUUUCUGCUCUUUUACAUUCACAAAGGGCCAAAUUACUGUCAUCAAAUUUUUGGGACUGACCCCCCCACCCUUUUGAAAUAAUACUUAAACAGGGUUUCGUUGUUCACAUCAAUAAUCUUGGGCAGUGAGGCAAAGGCUCAAAGGUCCAGGAGUUCAAAGUCAUACCCAGUUACACAGUGAAUUCAAGGUCAGCUCACACUACAUGAGAUCUUACUCUCCAAAAAUUGAUCCUAAUAUAUAUUAACUUUACUAGUUAAUAUAUUACUUCCCCUGUAUUCUAGAAGAAAAGGUGUUUGUUAACUAUUAGGUGGUCAAGAGUAGGGAAUUAGCUCUUUAAUGCAGAAACUGCUGGUUUCAAUAUGUUGGUUACAUAUUGUUUUUAUUCAGGCUUGUCAAUUAAAAAAUACAAACAAACAACUCUUAGCUGCUUCUACAAGUUCAAUCUUUCCUUACAGAAGCUGUUAAACACAGCUCUGAAGUAGUGUAGUAUAGUCAGCAAGAGGUUUUGGUGGGGCAACAGUCCAUCUGGAAUCCACAAUUAAAUGUUUACUUCCUUUGGUGCCUUGUACACAGAAAGGCACUGUUAAGGAUGUUACAAAAUAGAGAAUACCCACAGCAAAUAGUUCUAGUGACAACUUACUGAACAAGUUACAGUAGUGGUGGUGAUUCUUUUCAUUUUAUUUUUUUUACACUUAAGAGUAUAGUCUUUAAACUAUGCACACAUACCCCCUGCACACACAAAACAAGUGCUUUUGAAACAGUCCCUGCCCCCAUCCCCCUCAAUAUACUGAACGCAGCAGUUUAAUAGAACAAAAAACCAAAACCAAAAACAACAAAAAAAAUCAAAAACAAAAA